AUGGCCCAACCCACAUCCAACCCCGAUGUCUGCAACUACUGGGGCUACUCAUUUCGCUGGACUGACCUUCAUUCCUCGCCAGAGCAGCUCCGUCCCAUGAUGUUCACCUACGACAAGCUAGCAGAUGAAUGUCUCGAACGUCUAGACGAGAUCUCGCCGCCCCAAAGCACUCCACGUUCGGCAACGGCGCAGCCCGAGGGCUCAAAACGCCCCAAACGGGAUCUCUAUUCGUUGCUGAAGGAACAUGCACCAGAAGACCCUAAGCUAGGUGAGCUAUGGACUGAGAUCAACACCGUCCCGGAGUGGGUGGACUGGAACCAGAUCAAACGAGGACAGGAGGUGUUUUUUCGAUAUGGACUUCCGAUCCUUAAUGUGCUGAGCUUCGAAAGCCUCCUAGGCGGCAUGGGCUCCGGCCGCGUCGUCGAGACAUUAACCCGCACAGGCGGGUUCUCAGCCGACGUCGUGCGACGCCGACUGCUCGAAACCCUCCAACACAUCCUACAGGUCUCUCUAUCGCUCGACUCCAUGAAGCCCGGCGGCGAGGGCCACAUCUCGUCCGUGCGCGUCCGUCUCCUCCACGCCUCGGUGCGCUCCCGCAUCCUCGCCCUUGUCAAGCAGCGCCCCGCCUACUACGACAUCCAGCAGUACGGCAUCCCCAUCAGCGACCUCGACUGCAUCGCCACCAUCAACACCUUCUCGACCAGCGUCAUCUGGGUCGGUCUCCCGCGCCAGGGCAUCUGGCUCCGUGGGCAGGAAAUCGACGACUAUCUGGCGCUGUGGCGUCUCGUGGCACACUACAUGGGUACGCCGACGGAGGCGUUCAGGUCGCGGGACACUGGCCGAGCGAUCAUGGAGUCGCUGCUUGUCUCGGAGAUCAAUCCCACGGAUGUAGGCAAGGUCCUGGCGCAGAAUAUUAUCCUGGGGUUAGAGAAUACGGCGCCGACGUUUGCCUCGAAGGAGUUCAUGGAGGCUAUGGCGAGGCAUCUGAAUGGGCAUUUGCUGUCGGAUAGGCUGGAUUUGCCGCGGCCGAGUUGGUACUAUCGUGCGCUGAUAUAUGGAUAUUGUUUUGUGGUGAUGGGGGCUUGUUAUGGGGUACGGUUGGUUCCGGUGUUGGAUCGGUUGUGUAUUGCUCUCCGUCGCAAAUUCUACUAUGCCCUCAUAACCGACAAAAAAGAAGGCCUCGGCGGCGAAUCCUUCUUCGAGUUCAAAUACGUGCCGUUCUACACGCGCACCACGAAGCUGGGAAAACGCAGACACAUCCAAGCCACGCAGUACGGCAUCGAGAAUCUAGCGCAGCUGGGUCUCCUGGCGGCUCUUUUUACCGGCGUGGCAUUAUUCUGCGGUACGGUCUUUGGUCUGAGGAUGUUGACUAGGGAGAUAUUUCUUUGAUUCAAUUCGAAUGCGUCG